ACAGACGUUACAGACGUCAACACUUAAUGUGUUUAACUCAGCAGUGCUCAGAUAAUUGUGCGUAUUUUAACUUCUCGUUGUUUGUAAAAGACAAAACACUAUCACAAUCCAAUAAAUAGCCAAGAAAUGAAAUCGUUUGUGGGUUUUGGUUUGGUGGGAGCCUGCGUGUGACGUCAGGUUUACACCUGACCUGAGCGACACGCCGUGAACACGGAAGUGUAACAAUCUGUUGCCUUUAGAUUCAGACAUUCAUCAGCGCAAACUAACAUGAGUGUGUCAAAUAUAGUCUUUGUCGGGCUUGUGUCUUUAUUCCCUGCUUUGGCGCUGGAUAAUGGCCUGGCGUUAACUCCGACCAUGGGUUGGUUACAUUGGGAGAGAUUUAUGUGCAACAUCGACUGUGAUGCGGAUCCUCAGAACUGCAUUAGAGAGGAGCUGUUCAUGGAGAUGGCAGAUGUGAUGGUGAAAGAGGGAUGGAAGGAGGCUGGAUAUGAGUUUGUGUGCAUUGAUGAUUGCUGGCCCUCACACGAGAGGGACGCUCAGGGGCGUCUUCAGGCUGACCCAAAGAGGUUUCCAAGUGGGAUCAAAAAGUUGGCUGAUUAUGUCCAUGCCAAAGGUCUAAAGCUGGGAGUAUAUGCAGAUGUUGGCACGAAGACAUGUGCAGGCUACCCUGGGAGUUUGGGAUACUAUGAUAUUGAUGCUAAAACCUUUGCUGACUGGGGUGUGGAUCUGUUGAAAUUUGACGGAUGUUUCAUGCCUGACUGGCAUCAGCUGGGAGAAGGUUAUAUGAACAUGUCGAGAGCUCUAAACCAGACAGGUAGAAGUAUUGUAUACUCCUGUGAAUGGCCAUUAUAUGAGUGGCAACACCAACAGCCUGACUAUGAAGCAAUUCGCAAGACCUGUAACCACUGGCGUAACUAUGGAGAUGUGUAUGACCAGUGGACAAGUGUAACGGGCAUUCUGGACUGGACGGCUGAUCAUCAGAAGAUCCUGGUUCCAGCGGCAGGACCAGGUGGAUGGAAUGACCCUGACAUGCUGAUCAUUGGGAACUUCGGUCUGAGCCACGAUCAGCAGCAGACUCAGAUGGCCUUGUGGGCUAUCAUGGCUGCCCCGCUUCUGAUGUCCAACGACCUGCGAAACAUCUGUCCCAAAGCCAAAGAACUUUUGCAGAACAAAUACAUCAUUGCCAUUAACCAGGACCCUCUGGGGAAGCAGGGCUAUCGUACAUUAAAGGCUGAUAGUUUUGAGGUGUGGGAACGGCCCUUGUCUGGCAACAGGCUGGCCAUGGCAGUGAUGAAUAGACAGGAGAUUGGUGGUCCACGCCGAUUUACCAUUUCUGUGGCAACGCUGCCUAGUUGGCAGCUCUGCAAUCCGAAGUGCAACGUAAUUCAGAUCCUCCCCAUGUACCAGGAAAUGGGUGUUCAGGAUCUCUUGUCAAAUGUGAUGGUCCAAGUCAAUCCUACAGGCACGACACUUCUCAUUGUCAAUCCUAUCAAAAGCUAUACAUGAAGACAUGAUUUGCAAAACAAAUGGUAUGGAAACAUAGAAAAUUCACUGUUGCACUGAUGUGAUCGAGUUAUACUUCCUGAUAUUUUUUUUUUUAUUGAGAAUUUUUUUUCCUUUUGAAUACAGCUAUAGAAUCCAUGUUUUAAUUUUUUAAUCAAAAUUAAUCAAAUCAAAUUUAAAAAAAAGUUGUAGUUAUAUCAUUUGUUGUACUUUAAAACAAACACAACUCACUUUAACUCUAACACCGACAGAGUUUAUACUUACACACCUGUAUUACCCAGCCUAUCAAUGUUUUCGGUUGACUAGAAAUGAACUACUACAGAAAUCGUCUCAGUCAUCCAUGAUCUGUUCUACAUCAUAUGAAAACUUACAAUGUGUUAAAGAGUUGUACCGUCAAUUUAACAUGCAUAAAGAACCUCAGGGAUUUUACUAAUCAUUUGGCAGCUUAGGGCUUGGCCUGAAAUGUAUGCAAUUAUUAUGAAUCAAAUGCUGUAUUUAGCCAUCUACUCAAUCUAAUUCUCAUGUUCUUAUAAACACUUGUCAUACUGGCAUAAAACACUAGUUUUUAUAAUACCAAUAAUACGAUUUUCUGUACCAACAAAUGUCAAAUUAUCAAAAAUGAUGUGUUGUGUUUGAAAACAUGGAAUUGUUGGAAUAAAAUGGGUAACUUUUCUUUUGAUA